AUGUCCAACGCUUCCCAAGCCUUUCCAAUUACUAGUCCUGAGCAUUUCAAUAGGGGAAAUCGUCGCCACAACAACUAUCGUAGACAUCGAGGUUACCGCCCAAAUAGGCACUCUACUCCUCGAGAACAAACUAUAAAUAUUGCUAGUCAAAGCCAAAUAGUUGCACCAAUCGUUGUUAAUCAUAAUUCGGACGGGGAUCAAGGUUCUCAAAAUGAAAACGAUUGUUUUAUCUGCGCUGAACCCGUUCAAUAUUAUGCCGUUCCGGAAUGUAACCAUAAAUCUUGUCAUGUGUGUUCGUUGAGGUUAAGAGCACUAUAUAAAUCUAAAGAUUGCGCUUACUGUAAGACAGAACGAAUUAAGGUUAUAUUUACCCGAAAUCCCGAUAAAAAAUUCCAAGAAUUCCAGGAUGAAGAUAUUCCCUUCUUUGACAAAAGAUUAAAUAUUUAUUGUGAGGAUCAAGAAAUGUUUGAUGAUAUAAUGCUCAUUCUGAAAUUUAAUUGUCCAGAUAAAGAUUGUGAAAUGUCUUGUGAUGGAUGGGGAGAAUUGAGGCGACACGUUAGAAAAGAUCAUCGUUUAAAGUUAUGUGAUAUUUGCACUCAUAAUAAAAAAAUCUUCGCACAUGAACAUACUCUUUUCACCUCCAAUGAACUUGAUAAGCAUUGUCGUGAUGGUGAUGAAGAAACGGGUUUCAGUGGACAUCCUGAAUGUCAAUUUUGUGAAACACUCUUUUAUGGCGAUGACGAACUCUACGAUCAUUGUCGUCAUUCUCAUGAACAAUGUUUUAUUUGUGUUAAAAAUGGUAUAAGACAUAUUUAUUAUGUUGAUUAUAAUUCAUUGGAAAAUCAUUUCAAUAUGGAACACUAUCUUUGUCCAAACCAAAAAUGCUUGGAGAAAAAAUUUGUCGUGUUUGAAUCAGAAAUUGACUUCAAAGCUCAUGAUGUUGAAGUUCAUGAGUCUAAUUUCAGUGGACAAAGAGCUAGACGUGAGGCAAGGACAAUUGCGAUUGACAUUAACUAUACAGAUUCACGCGAGAGGAGACAUCGGAGAAGUCGUGAAAGACAGAAUCUUAAUUUAGAUACCACUUCUAGCAAUGCCAAUGAAAUGAACUUUAAUGCAAGAGCAGCGAGACCACCACCAGGUUUUGGUGUUUUGUCUCCUGACGAAGUGACUGGACCAGAGAAUGAAUUACCAUCAGAAAAUGAAUUAGAAAUACGUAAUAUGCUCUCUACACCACGGGAAGAAGACUUCCCUGCUUUGAACGCUUCAAUGAGGGUUGCUACUAAUAAUGGCUCAGGUACAAAUAUAAAUUAUGCUGCCAAAACAAAAGCUAAUAAGAAAAAGCCUACACCAUUAUCCGAAUCCAAUAUUACUAAUAAAGGAAGAGCUCCUGCCUUUCCUCCUUUACCUUCCGCGAAUCAAUCAACUUCAACUUCGGCAUCAACAAAUAGUAUUAGUAGUAAUACCAGGUUAAAGGCUUUCUCUAGUGUUAUUGAUUCGGAACCUUUGAGUCGUGAUGUUGGUUUUUAUCAACGUGUUAAUACGUUCCUAUCCAAUAAUCCCGCUAAGAUGGAUGAAUUUAAAUCAUUGACUGCAGCAUACAAUAAUUCAACUUUUGAUGCAUCUUCGUAUAUAGAAUUUUUGUUGCCUUUGUUUAAUAAAAAUACAGGUACCGUUGGUAAAGUUGUGAAUGGUUUGGUAGAAAUAAUAGAAGAGGAGAAAAAGAGGACUGAAUUGUUGAGAGCAUUGCAAGAUCAUAAAGCUAAGCGAACUUCUGAAUUCCCCGCUUUAGAACCGGUAUCCUCACCCACACCUGGUGUGAUUAGUAAUUCGAGAUCACCCUCUUCACCCUCUUCGAAUAAACCGUCGCCUCGUGUAUUAGUUAUUAAAUCUUCAACUACCCGAUUUCGUGGUAAAAAAACAAAUAGUGGCACUCCUGUCUGGGAUCAAAUAGCUGCUAUUGCUGAAUCAAAAAACAAGGAAAGAAAGAAUUCAGCAUUUCCUUCACUCACAACAGCUUCUAGUAAUUCUGCUAAUAAUAAUAAUGGAUCUGAACCGCAAUUUGUUCAAUCACCUUCACCUAAUGGAUCUACUUCUUCAUGUACUACGGCUUUUGUUAAAGGUAAACCUACUCAAGCUGAAAAUAGUGGAUUUCCUAACUUAACAUCGACUCCAAGAUCUUCUAGAUCCAAAAAUGAUGGGCAAGAAAAAAAUGCAUGGGGACAAGGUGGAGCAUUUGCAUCUACAGUAUCUGACAAUAAUCAAAAUGAAAAUGAUAGUGAAGAUGAUUCUUCAUAUAGUGAAAGUACAAAAGAAGUAAACAAGAAAAAAAAGAAACUAAAAAAGAAAGUUUUGUAUCAAAUCGGAACGAGACAUGGAAGCUAA